AUGCUAGACACGUUACUUGCCGCCUGCACAGCUGAAGCUGCUGUGACCUUUACGGUCAUGCCGAGUGUUGGCUGGUACUCCAGAAGGGACCGGCCAGUUCCAGCUCGGCUCUCCAACGCGGUACAGAGCUGCCGCAUCCAAAGCCAGGCUUCUGAUACCUGCUACGACGUGCAGGAACCCCGAAAACGCUAUGCUACUACAGCCGAAGUGGUAAUAAAUGGGUCCUCGUCACCAGCUGUCGUCGAGAGGAGUAAUGAAAGCAUUAAGCACAACAUGCGGCCAGCCUCAGCCAAGUGGAGACACAACCAGACUCUGUCUCUGAGGAUCAGGUGCAACCUGGCCCCCGUGCAGGAAUACGCCCGGGACGUGGGGCUCAAGACAGACCUGGUGACCAUGAACCCCUCGGUCAUCCAGCGGGCCUUCGAGGACUUGGUCAAUGCCACGUGGCGGGAGAAGCUGCUGCAGCGGCUGCACAGCCUCAACGGCAGCAUCCUGUGGAUCCCCGCCUUCAUGGCCCGGGGCGGCAAGGAGCGCGUCGAGUGGGUCCACGAGCUCAUCCUGAAGCACCGCGUCGACGUGCGCACCGCGUACCCCUCCCUGCGCCUGCUGCACGCCGUCCGCGGAUACUGGCUGACCAACAAAGUCCACAUCAAAAGACCCACCACCGGCCUCUUGAUGUAUACCCUGGCCACACGUUUCUGCAACCAGAUCUACCUCUACGGCUUCUGGCCCUUCCCGCUCGAUCAGAACCAGAACCCCGUCAAGUACCACUACUACGACAGCCUCAAGUACGGCUACACCUCCCAGGCCAGCCCCCACACCAUGCCCUUGGAAUUCAAGGCCCUGAAGAGCCUGCACGAGCAGGGGGCUUUGAAACUGACUGUCGGCCAGUGCGACGGGGCCACGUAA